AUGCGCCCGCGCAGUAUACUCGCGUUUUGUGCUUUCAUCGUCACCGUACGAUCCGCAUUACGCACGGAUCGUCAGUUCUGGACGGACCUGGCACGCAAUGAGUUAGAAGAAGCUCUAAAAGUAAAAUUGAACCUCAACCCUGCGAAGAAUGUGAUCCUGUUCGUUGGAGACGGCAUGGGACCUAACACUGUGACCGCAGCCAGGAUUUACAAAGGUGGUGAAAGCCACAGGCUGGUGUAUGAGAAGUUCCCACACAUGGGACUUUUGAAGACAUACUCGGCGAAUAAGAUGGUGCCCGAUUCAGCUUGCACGGCUACAGCCAUGUUCAGUGGAGUGAAGGUCAACCAGGAUACAGUAGGAGUGGACGCUUCCGUGCCACACAGGGAUUGUGAAGCCAGCCUGCAGUCCGAGGCUAGGCUUAAGUCCUUAGCAGCUUUAGCUUUAGAAGCUAAUAAGAGUGCAGGUUUUGUUACAACAAUGCGGGUGACGCACGGGACUCCCAGCCCUCUAUACGCGCACAGUGCGAGCCGCAGCUGGGAGUGCGAGGCCAGUCUGCCGGACAAUUCCAGCUGCAAGGACAUUGCUAGACAACUGGUCGAGGACUGGCCUGGCCGAGACCUACAAGUCAUAAUGGGAGGUGGCAGGCAACAAUUGGUGUCGAACGCAACAGGCACCGAACACGACCCUAUUAGCUUGAGCCCAUGGACCUGCUACCGGCAAGAUGGAAGGAACCUCAUCGAGCAGUACAAGACGGAUAAGAGCACGCGAGGACUUAAGCACAGCGUGAUCAUGAACAAUAAGGAACUAGCAGAACUAGAUGUUAGUAACACGGACUAUUUACUUGGAAUAUUCUCGAACGAGCACUUGAGCUACGAGCACGAAAGAAACAAGGGGCCCGAAGGAAUGCCCUCACUAUCAGAGAUGGUAGGAGCUGCUAUUAAAGUUCUGCAGAAGAAUAAGAAUGGAUACUUCCUCAUGGUAGAAGGUGGCAACUUAGACAUGGCCCAUCACAGAGGUUGGGCCAAGAUAGCAGUGAACGAGGCCUUAGCCAUGGAAGAAGCUGUCCAGCUCGCAGCCGACAUGACUGAUGCGGAGGACACCCUGCUGAUAGUCACCAGCGAUCACACGCACUCAAUGUCUAUUAAUGGCUACCCAGAUAGAGGGAGCAGUAUUUUUGGCAUCGCCCAACCUUCGAGCCACGAUAAAAUAAACUACACAACGUUGUCCUAUGCCACGGGAGGACCAGGGUCGUUCCAGUACUACGUGCAUACUGACGCUAACGGCAGCCGUGUGAUGAGACGAGACCCUAGCGAGGAUGACACGGAGGACUACAAAUACACCCAGGUCGCUGGCAUUCAGCUCGUGGAGAAUUACCAUGGAGGUGGCGAUGUCACUGUCUAUGCUAGAGGUCCGUAUUCCCACUUAUUCCACAACGUCCACGAGCAGCACUACGUGUUCCACGCGAUAUCCCAUGCAGCCAAGCUUGGGGUCUAAUCCAGCAGCACGACACUGCAAGUCAACGUCUUCCAUCUGGCCAUCAUUACAACCAUCAGUUUCUUCAUGUUGUAACGAAAGCGAAAUAGAUUCUAAGUUUUACUAAAUAACGUCUACUUGAAAUUAUGUUUUCUAUUCUAAUUUUAGGGAGGGAGGAGUUUUCCUUCGCAUUUGAUUGCCAAAGUAAAGUUUUAGACCGCUUUAAUACAGUUGACACCAAUGUCGCGUGAUUUAAUUCAACUAUUUGUCGCUUCUGCCAACGGAUUCUCCCAAAAUACCAGAGUAUAAAGUGUGUUAUUCUAUACUAUGAUUAUGUCUUUUAUUUUUUGCCAAACUUAUAUAACUAUCUAUCUAUCUCUUUGCCAAGUUUUAUUCAGAUCCAAUCCAGACAUUACUCUAUAUCUUUCCUGAAUUUCAUUCAGACUAGUAAAAUAAGAGAUACAAACAUCCAUCAAAAUUCAUCCAUACUUAAAUGUGAAAGACUUUUACUGAUUUAAAAAACCCCCUGUUCCUCACCUGCUCUGGGCCGAGGUCGCGAUGCUUCAUUGCGCUUACCCCGCCGUUAUAAUUAUUAGAAUAGGGCCCAAUAUACUACCUUGGGGUACGCCACAUUUGACAUUUUUAUAUAUUUAGACGUUUUACUCGUCUGUCGUCGUGUCAUGUUCCUCUUUUCAUUAAGCUUUGAGAUAACUACACUCCGUUGUCUAUCAGUUAAGGGUGAUGAUAGCCAUUGAAGUGACAAUCCUCUAAUUCCGACGGACUCUAGCUUUUUCAAUAAUAUUUUAUGUGAAACUAGGUCAAACGCCUUUGACAAAUCAAAAAAUAAACCCGUUGUUAGGUAACUGUUAUUGAUACUCGUCAAUACUGUUUUUAAGAGAGUAAAAAAUAAAAAUGGCUAAGGUGGUUGACUUUUGUUUUUGAAAACCGAAUUGCUGCUUAUUUAAAAUAUUGUAUUUUUCACAAUAACUAAUUAAUCUUUGGUACAUGCAUUUUUCAUAUACUUUUGAAAGGAUAGGUAUUAAUGUUAUUGGACGAUAGUUGUCGCCUUUUUUAAAAAUCGGCUUCACAAGGGACUUUUUUAAGGCAUUAGGAAACACACCCUGUGGAAAGGAUAGGUUGAUAAGAUAUGUCAAUACCCCGCUUAUUUCACUAACACAUGACUUAAUUAUUUUGGUGCUAAGUUCAUCGUACCCCUCAGAACUAGUGUUAUUUAACUAUAAAAUAUGUUUUCUUACCUCACUUUCGGACAUUUGCAUGAGUUACUUUGAAUUAGCAAUUAGAUUUUUAUUAAAGCAUUUGGUGUUACAGUUUUCCGUUAAGUUGCAAUUUGCAUAGAGAUAUUGAUACUUAAAAUAUGGUCGAUACAGGACAAUUUACGAGUGGCUUCAUUAAUAUGAAUUUCAAUAUUAUGACUACGUGCUAUGUCAUGAAAUACUUGCGUGAUUUUCCCUUUUUUGAAAGUAUUAUAUUAAAAUCAUCUGUUAAAACUACACGUGUCUUUGUUUUGUAUUUCUUGUAAAUAUGUAUUAUGUAGGAUAUUAUUUAACUUACUUAAAAACUGGUUUGGGUUGGACUGAGGUGUUCUGUAUAUGCAGAUUAUGAUUUGUUAUGUAUAUGAUAUGUUUUUCAUUUGUUAGUUCAAUACCGUAUCGUGUAGAUAUGUAUAUGAUAAAGACUAUUAAAAAUUUUCACUGGAAUAUGAUUCAGAAUAAGGAGCUGAUUGCACCCUGUUAAUUUGUGGAGGGCUGUCCCUUACACCCUGUAUAUUUAAUGCACAGAAUUGACCUCUCUACAGAUUGAUUAUAAGUAUAGAUGUCAUAUAAAACGAGAAAAUUGUAACAGUUGUAUAAACGAUUUGUACAGAAAUGUAUCACAAUAUAAACGCAUCGUUACAGCGCUUUACUGCAAGAGAAUGUGAAGACGAAUUAGUAAAAAAAUGUUGUUCA